CCAUCCCGGUCUUAAAAGUCCUUUCUCCUGCUCCAGACUUCCCCUCAAAACCGAACGGUGUCACAGCAACCAGCCAUAUUUGCGGCAAGUCGCAAUCACCUCAAUUUCAGAUCUCUCGACCGUAAAAGCUCAGCCUUCACAUCGAGCUCUCCUCUGCAAAAGUCUCCGGACAACAACAAGACACAACGGCACUGUAGCCACCGCAUACCACAAGUACUCUACAUACCCAUAUACAAAGGCACCGCGACCUACUCCACCACCUAGCAACAAGCAACCAAUUCAAAGAGGUUAUAAUGGCCUACACCAUCACCGAACCACACCCGACGGUGCCCCAAAACAGCUACACCCACUCGGGCCGCGGCGGCCUUGGCAACUUCUUCCGUGCGCCAGCAACGACCUCCCCAAGCGGCGUGCCGACCCCGGCCACCACGAGCACGACCUCCUCCUCCAGCAGCCGCCGCUUCUACUCGGGCCGCGGCGGCGCCGGUAACGCCCACGCGGCCUCGGAGCGGCCCGUGAUCUCGUUCGACGAGGAGUACGCGCGCGCCGAGGUGCGCGAGAAGAAGGCGGCCGGCAUGAGCCACGUCGGGCGCGGCGGCGCCGGCAACAUCUUCUUCACUAGCCCCUCGGCAGACGAGGACGGCGCCACGCUCGGUCGUCGCGACUCGGCCAGCACCCAGGGCAGCUGGCGGUCCUCGACGUCGACCGUCAGCUCGCUCGCCGGCUUCUGGGGUCGGGUGAAGAGCGCGGGGCACUAGAGCUCUCUCUCUCACUCACACACUCUCUCCCUUUCUCUCCUUUGUUGUCUAAUCGGUUGUAUUGUCUUUGCAAGCAAGGCGUUUUGGCGAGCGUCAAGGGAAGGGCUAUGUGUUAGGAGCGGCGACCAUGUCACGCUCAAAGUCCGUUCUGGGUUUGGGCACGGUGAAAAGGGAAAAAAAAAAAAGUUCAUGUGAUGUUGAGGAAGGGAACGGAUGGAGCACGGGUUGUGUCAGUAGGGCAGAGCUCUGCUCGCCCGUCAUGCACGAGGAAAAAGGAUCAGAACAAAAAGAAAAAGGCGCGGGAUUCAUGGGGAUGGGCGUUCUUCUUGACGGACUUGUACGAAUCAAUAUACCCCCAACUGCGAUGAUGGUUUUUCUUGGCACAAUGUACUCAUUAUGAGUCUUUUGGAUUUCUGCGCAUCGGUGAAUCGUGAUGCCCUUGAUCAUGGAAAGAGAUUUCCACCAGUUAUUCUGUCUAGCCAAGGCCUUGUUCCGUCAAUCAAAACUGGGUAUCAUUCAUCUUCUC